CUUCCAGCAUCUGGUAACACUAAACGGUCCCGGCAUUUUUAGCGGACAGCGCGUGAAUUUCUGUUUUGUUUUAAUUGAUUGAAUUGAUGUCCAGUAGCAGAUAGCCAGGAAACGCACAGUGCAGCCAUGCCCGACAGCCCAUUCCCGAUGAGCAACCGCAGUGGCCUGCUGCGCACCACCCUCAACAGCUCCAUGGCGCCUCAGAACCUGUCGCACUCGCUGCUCAUCCUCGAGCAGAGCAACGCGGCCCAGGAGGAUCGAUCGCUGGUGGAGGACACCGGCGACGAUCUAGAUCGCGGCAAAAGCCGCGUGGACGUGCUGUUCCCGCAGUUCUUCGACGUGCUGCAGGCCCAGGGCGGCGGACAGGAGGCCUUCGAGGUGAUCCAAGCGCUGACACACGUCUGUCGCGGCGUGGUGGAGCAACUGGAGCUGGAGAUCGAGCGCGGCAUGGGCGGGGAACAGGGCGCGCGACAGCGCGAGGCCAUGCUCACUUGGCUGCGGCAGGAGAUAUACACGUGGCGUUUGCUGCAUGCCCUCUUCUACGACCGCAUCCUGCUGCAGACGGACACCCAGGCGGAUGAUGAGAUGCAGGAUGGCCCUACACUUGGCGGCAGCGAGAAGGAGGUCAUACAGCAGCUGUACACCAUCAAUGCCACUCUACGUGAGUACCAGCUGGUGGUGGACUGGCUGGAGGCGUGCUACGACCAGGGGGAGCAACAGAACCCACUCCACUGCCACGAUCGCAUGAUGGCCUGGGAGAACACGCUCUUCCAGCUGGAGAACCUGCAGGGCGCCGCCUUCGGCAAGGGCCAUGAGAUUGUAUCGCGCCUGGAUCCGGAUGCUCCCGUACGCGAGAAACAACCGCUGCACGCCCUCGACGAGGAGGACAACCUGCGCUUGUCCCGCGCCAUCUUCGCAUCUAUUCGCUCGGGACGCGUCGACGAUGGCCUCAAGCUGUGUAAGCACUACGGACAGACCUGGCGGGCGGCAAUUCUUGAGGGUUGGCGUCUCCACGAGGAUCCAAACUUCGAGCAGAAUGUUUCAGCGGUCCACGAAAAGCUGCCCAUCGAGGGCAAUCCCAGGAGGGAUAUCUGGAAGCGGUGCGCCUGGAUGCUGGCCGAUUCCAAGAACUAUGAUGAGUACAGCCGGGCGACGGCGGGCGUCUUUUCCGGCCACCUGGGCUCCCUGAAAACCCUUCUGCACAGCAACUGGCACGAUCUGCUGUGGGCCCACCUGAAGGUGCAGAUCGACAUACGUGUGGAGUCGGAGAUACGUGGCUGCUGCCUGAAGCGCUACCAGCCGAUGCCGGAUGAGUACUGGAACGGCAAGAUGACAAUGGAGCAGAUUUUCGACGAGCUGAACGUUGCCAAGGAUGCGUCGGUGCGGGACUUCGCCCAGGGUCAACUGGGCAUUAUCCAGCGCCAUUUAAUCUUGGAUACAUGCGGCGAGCUGCUGCAACACAUGGUGCGCUGGGUGGAGAAGGAUGCCGGCCAGCAAUCGCCCCACCAACUGCGCUUUAUGGCCCACAUUGUGUUGUUUCUGCGCCAAAUCGGUCGUGUGGAGCAGGAGCGGCAGGCGGAGAAGAUCAUUGCCGCAUAUGUGGAGGCCUUGAUUGCCAGGGGCGAGCCCCAGCUAAUUGCUUACUAUGCCGCAUCUCUUUCGAAUCCGCUGCAGGUGAAGCUGUACUCGCGGUUUCUGGAGCAAGUCGAGCAGAAGCGCCAACGGGAGCUAGCCCUGGAUGCCGCCUUGCAAGCAGGCUUGGAUGUGGAACAGAUUACGCGCAUCACCGUGGAAAACAUUCGCCUCGCACAUCAAGCACACGGGGAAUUCGGUGAGCCGCACUCGGGCGAGAUCUCUGCGGCCGAUCAGCGCAAGAUCUCAGCUUUGGAGUGGCUAAUCCACUUGCCGGAGCAGCGCGGUGAGUUGCUGUGGCAGGCCAAUGCCAUGAUACGCACCUAUCUGGCCUGCAGUAAGAUGGAGUGCAUGCGCCAGACGUUCCGCAUGGUCCCGGCCGACAUAGUGCAGCAAAUAGUCAACUUGUACAGCUCGGUGGACAACAUACCGCCGCGUGAAGAGUGCUGCUUGAAGGAGUAUCUCUGCUACAAGGUUUAUCUCUCGGGCGUCGACAGCUUCGUCGAAUGGAACCGCCUGCAGCAGAACAAGCCUAAGAAGCCGCAGGCUGCCAACACCGCUUCCUCCCAGGACAACUUUACGGAGCGCAUGGCCAGUGAGCGCAAGGAGCAGGCCCACCGAUCGGAAGUCGUGCGCUGGGAGCACAAGGUUAAGGAGCAAGCCAAGCAAAGCAUCGAAACCCUGUACAAUGUGCUCAUGUUUCCGGAGAAGGGUUGGCUGGUGGAUCCGUUCAUCGCCAAGCAGCCCGAGAACGCCGUGCAGCUGAACUGGGAUCACCGCCUAUUGCAGAUGGAGAAACUACGCUCUAUCUGCAUUCCCGAGAUCGCCCUGCUCCUGAACGAAGUGAUGUUCAAGACUGGAGACUUUGCGGGCUGCGUGCGUCUAGCAGAUGAGAUCUCCAGCGAGAACCGGCAGUUGUACAAAGUCUAUACGAAGCACAAGCUGGCAGAGCUUCUGGCCAAGAUCGCCGACGCCUCCCUGGAGCUGCUCAAUUCGAAACUGGACCCCUGGGGCUAUCCUAUUACAAUUUAGCAAUCCUAGUACAUUGUGUGUUUUGCGAUUACAUUCUAACUUUAAACGUUUA